UCGUGGUAAGAGUUUCCUCCUUUUAUAAAGAUAAGAUUGUCAGUCAAUGAGUUUUUCGUAACUAUCAUGAACGAUACAACUGUCACACUGUGUCAUCGUCGAACCCCACACAGGUUCAAAGCUUGAUGAAGCACGAUGACACUGUGUAAAUUGAAAGCUAACUACAGGACGAAUAAAUAAGUUAUAGGCAUUUAGCGAUCAAACAAAUCUGGUUUCAACUAUUUUGGGUGAGCAACCAAAUGUAUGUGUUGAAAAAUAAUAGCUUGAUCCAAUUCAGACACUUCUAUAAAUAGUCAAUACAAGUGCAUAUAAAGCAGGAAUCAAAAACCGGUGCUUAAAUAGCACAUGUCUGAGAUGGAGGUGAAUCGGUUCCAUUGGGCGGAUUAUGUCGUGUUUGGCAUAUCGCUUGUCAUCUCUACCGGGAUUGGCGUAUAUCAUGGCUGGAAGACAACCAAGGCAGACUCGGGAGUCAUGGAAUAUAUGUUGGGAAACAGGCAACUGAAGUACGUUCCAGUAGCAUUCAGCAUCCUUGCCAGCUACAUGUCAGCAAUAGGAAUGUUGGGGAUUCCAUCAGAGGUAUAUACAUUUGGAGCAAUGGUUGUACUUCGGUGCUUCUGUUAUGUGUGGGUGUUUCCCAUCUUAGCACAUACGUUCGUACCAUUUUUCCAGAAACUACAGCUAACAAGUGCUUAUGAAUACUUGGAGUUAAGAUUUAAUAAAGUCUUAAAAUGGACAGGGUCAGUAACAUUUAUAAUCAGAACAUACAUUUAUAUGGCAAUAGCUCUUUAUGCCCCAGCCCUAGCGAUGAGUCAAGCAAGUGGUAUACCAAUAUGGGCCUCGAUUGUGAUUGCAGGGAUUGUGGGAACAUUUUACACAACUAUGGGAGGAAUGCGAGCAGUGGUGUGGACGGAUGUAUUCCAAGUUUGUGUUAUGGUGGCUGGGACACUCGCUCUAAUAAUAGGUGGCACUAUACGUGUUGGUGGCCUAGAUAAGGUCUGGAAUAUAAACAUGGAAGGAAAACGAUUAGACAUUUUUGAUUUCAGAUUUGGUCUGACAAUUCGUCAAACCUUUUGGAGUACGCUCUUUGGAUACGGUCUAUCUACCAUGGCAAUGCAUGCUGGGAGUCAAACAACGAUUCAACGGUGGAUGAGUGUUAAGAAUGUCAAGGAAGCCCAAAUUACAACGUGGUUACAGAUUCCACUUACCUCUCUGUUCCAACUAGUACUGGUCUUGCAAGGGAUGGUGAUGUAUGCCUUUUAUCACAAAUGUGACCCAUUACAGACCGGAAGAGUCGCCAAGGCAGACCAGUUGUCGCCACUGAUGUCCAUUGAUAUCCUGGGAGCUGUUCCGGGUCUCCCCGGACUCUUUCUGUCGGCUAUUGUAUGUGCCGCCCUCAGCACUCUAUCUUCUGGGAUCAACUCAAUGUCGGCCGUAGUAUUGGAAGACGUGGUGAAACCAUGGUACAUGUGGAAAUACAACACAGUCAUCUCAGACAGAAAGGCAACACUCGCUUCAAAAAUAGCAUCUGGCAUAUUUGGUAUGCUUGCUGUCGCUUUAGCCAUUCCUGCCCAGUAUGUUAGCGAGAAUGUCAUCCAAUUCACCAACCGUGUCUACUCAAUGAAUAGCGGACCUGUGUUUGGGCUUUUCAUUGUCGCUAUGUUUUUCCCCUGGACAAAUUCCAUUGGUGCAUUCGUCGGUGUAAUGACAAGUCUUGUGAUAUCAUACUGGAUCGGUCUCGGGGCUUUAAUAGACGGCCCUUCUUCCCCAAAACUACCUCUUCGUAUUGAUGGCUGUGGGGCUAAUAACACGGAUGUCUUGUAUACACCAACUGCUGUACUUGAAGACUUUGUUAAUAUUACAAUGGAUACUCCAGUGGCAGAGACGUCCGUCGGGUUUCAAAUCAAGGAUUUAUACACACUUUCCUAUUUAUGGUUUACACUCCUUGGUUUGCUUGUGACAAUAGUAGUAGGACUCGUCGUCAGCUUCAUUUCAGGUCAUAACAAAUCCGGAGACAUUCCUGAAAACCUUCUCUUUAACUGGAGCAGUUGUCUCUGCUGGCGUAGAGAGAAGAGCAGACACUCUUCUGAGCCAAUGUCAGAAAAUGGAUACAAUAACAAUGCUCUCAUAUCAACCAACAGCUCGUUAGUGAAACAGCCAUUGACAGGGAAAGAUGCAGAUCUAGACAAUAUAACACGAUUAUAA